AUGCGCGAGAUCGUCCAUGUGCAAACCGGCCAAUGCGGGAACCAAAUUGGCUCAAAGUUCUGGGAGGUGAUCUCCGAUGAGCACGGGGUGCAGAUGGACGGCCAAUACCGUGGAGAAGUCGAUCUACAAAAAGAGCGCAUCAACGUCUACUAUAAUGAGGCACAAGAUGGGAAAUAUGUGCCAAGAGCCGUUCUCGUCGACCUCGAGCCGGGCACAAUGGACUCGAUUCGGAGCUCGCCAAUUGGCGAACUUUUUCGACCGGAUAACUUUAUUUUUGGUCAAUCGGGUGCUGGUAACAACUGGGCCAAGGGUCAUUACACGGAGGGAGCGGAACUCGUCGAUCAAGUGAUGGACGUGAUUCGAAAAGAGGCUGAGGGUUGUGAUUGUCUACAGGGUUUCCAACUAACUCAUUCGCUUGGCGGUGGAACUGGCUCCGGAAUGGGAACUUUGUUGAUCUCGAAGAUUCGCGAAGAAUAUCCGGAUCGAAUUAUGAACACUUUCUCUGUUGUUCCUCGCCAAAAGGUCUCGGACACCGUGGUCGAGCCUUAUAACGCCACUUUAUCAGUUCAUCAAUUG